CCAAAGAAGAAGAAGAAGAAGAAGAAGGUAGCGGAUAAGUAAGAUGAGGAAAUAGCUAAUCAGCUGCUGACAACAGCUUGUAAACUAUUCAGAGUUGUGACACACACUGUUUCUAACGUAUGAGCGGGUACUGGUGACACAGCUCCUUUCAGGGAGCAGCCACAGCUGGAGCCACCGCCGAGGACGGUGCUAACCGUAGCGGUCAAACCGGAGGUCCGGGGAAGCUUCACGGAAGGUCCCCCGAUCGGUGUUUGAUACCUGCUGCUCCGUGUGGUCUCAUCCAGGCAAUAAAGGAGGAAACUCCAUGCAGGUGUCAUCAGGUGAAGAAAGAUGCUGCCUGCAGUGAGAGCUGCUCAACGCUCCCUCAGAUACUUCAGGAGUAUCUGUAACUCUGCCAUGAAUACAGGAUACCAACAGGCUAAUGUGGUCAUCCUGCCCAAAAAUCUGGCCAAUGACUUUGAAGCCUUCUGUCGCAGUAACCCCGCCCCCUUGCCACUCCUUUAUCGCAGCCAGUUGGGAGAGACUUCCUGUCAACCUCUGGCUCGCCAUGCUGACAUAAGGACAGAUAUCUCUCAGUACUGCGUGUAUGAGGACGGUCGCCUGGUGAAAACGGUCUCCAGCCUGCAGAGUUACAGCCAUCAGCCGAGGUCUCCACCCGAGCAGCAGGCGGAGCAUCCCGGCACGUGGGCGCACAUGGUGUGUUUCUAUCUGGGCUGCAGCUUUGGCUUCGAGGGCAAACUGAAAGAUGCCGGAGUCCCCGUCAGGAACGUGGAGCAGGGCAGGAAUGUCAGCAUGUACAGGACUGCAGUUCGCUGUGUUCCUGCAGGAGUGUUCAGCUGCCCUCUAGUGGUCACGAUGCGUCCUGUCCCAGCUGCUCUGCUUGAUGCAGCAGUCAGGGUCACUUAUCUCAGUCCACUGGCACAUGGAGCUCCUGUACACAUAGGAGACCCAGCUCUCCUCGGCAUACAGGACCUAUCCAGGCCAGAUUACGGGGAGGCGGUGGAGCUGCAGCCUGGUGAUGUCACAGUCUUCUGGGCAUGUGGCGUGACCGCUAUCGAGGCGAUCCUCAGCAGCAAGCCUCCGCUUGCAUUCAGUCACUCGCCCGGCUGCAUGUUCCUCACCGAUGUUCCUGACUCUCCUUGCUCCACCAUAACUCAACCCUCUGACACCAAACCCAGUCCUGAGCUGAGCCCCCUCUGCUUCCAGGUGUCCCAAAAUCCCUUACUGUACAGCCUGGUAUCUCAGGCAACAGCAGUAAAGAUCAGGCAGCUGGAGACGAUCAUCGGAGAUGAUCCAGGUGAGCGAGGAAUCAGAGCUUUAUUUGUUCAGGAUGAACUCCUGCGCUCCUGUCUGGCUCUCUCCCAUUCCUCUUCUGUUGCCAUAACAACCGGCUUCCCUACACACUACAUGCACAGUCCUCCUGAUGAAACUGAUGGCCCACCUGGAGCCAUUGCCAUGGCAACCAUGCUGCUGUCUCUGGGGAAACGGGUAACUAUGGUGACAGACCGCCGGGCGCUGGAGAUGAACCGGGCCAUCAUCGAUGAAGCAGUGAGGACAGGAGUCCUGAGUGCUGCGGUCCCAUUGGUCACGUUUGAAGACAGCGGUCCAGAUGCUGCGCUACACUUCCUGUGUCACCAUGGGGACCCUAACAAGCCCAGAUUUGACCACCUGGUGGCGAUAGAGCGCAGUGGACGGGCUGCAGAUGGAAACUACUACAACAUGAGAGGCGUGAACAUCAAACACCUGGUGGAUCCAGUGGACGACCUGUUCAUUGCUGCCAAACACAUACCUGGAAUCAGCACCACAGGAAUAGGUGAUGGUGGGAACGAGCUGGGGAUGGGGAAGGUGAAGGAGAAGGUGCAGAGCCUGAUGCCCAAAGGCAGUCUGAUAGCCUGUGACGUCCCUGCAGACUUUGCCAUCACCGCUGGUGUGUCUAACUGGGGAGGGUACGCUGUGGCCUGCGGGCUCUACCUGCUCCACACCUGCCCAUCACACCGGCGCUACCUGAAGAGAGGGCUGGGGCUGGAACCUGUGACCCCCACAGAGCAGCUGCAGGCCUGGACCGCUAACUUGCCGUCUGUGGAGAAGGAGGAGUCCUUCCUGUCCACUCUGGUUAAAUUUGGGAUCCGAAGCGGGAAAACCGGACACCUGGCAAUGGAGGUGGAUGGCCUGACCUUUCACCCCACCCAUUCUGACAUCAUCACCAGACUGCUGGAAGUCACAGGAAGCUGCAGCACACCUCCUCCGGACUGUUAGCAGACACUGAUAUAAACCAGAGUGCAAACUUUAUUCCUAAUCACAGUUUGAUUACUGAAGCAGGGAAACACAGGAAGAGUGUGACUGUGGGUUAGACGCUGCCUGGUUACCUUUCAGCCUUUCUUUAAAUCCCACACAAAGCAAAGUGGACACCCCUCCUCCUCCCCCUCCUUCUCCUCCCUCCUCUCUUGUCUGGCUCUUUGCUGUAAUUAUUAAAUCAGAGCUUUAAUGCUUCCACUAGUUAAAGAAUAAACUCUCUCAGAUGCAUCGCUGCUGACGGGAGCUCGUACAUGUGUGAACAGAUUGUAUUGCAGUACUCUUCAUCAUUCGUGGGGAUGAUGAGAAUAUGUUUGGAUGGAAGCUGUGAAUGGCUCAGUUUGUUUGGAGGCUCCUGAGGCCCAGUUUCCUGUGAAGGGGGCAGCUACAGAUGGAAGGAUAUCCAAGUGUUACAAUUCUCUUUGCUGAGAAACCAAGUGAAGGAGUCUUUGUGUCCUUUAAAAAACACUUUUAAUUCCUAAAGAGAGUUACCCUUUAUGAUAAAUAUGGGCAAACAGCCAGCAGCUACAGCCGCCUGUGUCACCAUCCAGCUGUCAGUCAAAGAGGCCACGCCCCUAAUAAAACUAUUAGGGGCAGAUGACUGCCCCUCCCUGAGCCUGGUUCUGCUGGAGGUUUCUUCCU